GACUUCACAAGACCCACUUGAAAUCAAUCUCACGUGUGCGAUUUGUCCUAUCAAUUCCCAUCAAUUUCCUCGGUUGGAGCCUAGGAUGGAAUCGAAAGGCAGGAAUCGUUGUCUUGCAGUCCUCUUGUUGAGCAUCGCGGCCACAGCUUUCUCUACUCCUUAUCACCACACUGGCCUCACGCCUUACUACUACGAGUACGCUUGUCCUCAAGCUUUGCCGACCAUCAGAGGCGUUGUCGAGGCGGCAGUAAAGAAAGAGAGACGCAUGGGUGCUUCCUUGCUGCGUCUGCACUUCCAUGACUGUUUCGUUAACGGCUGUGAUGCUUCGGUACUCCUAGAUCCGACGCCGACCAUCGAUAGCGAAAAGUUCGCUGGCGCAAACAACAACUCUGCUAGAGGUUUCGAAGUGAUAGAUCAAAUCAAGGAGGAGGUUGACAAAGUUUGUGGCCGUGCGGUGGUCUCUUGCGCAGAUAUUUUGGCAGUUGCUGCUCGAGACUCUGUUGUUGCGCUUGGAGGGCCAUGGUGGAACGUAAGGCUUGGAAGAAGAGACUCAACCACAGCGAGCAGGACGACCGCCAACACGGACCUUCCGGCUCCAUUCAUGGACCUAAACGCACUAACUAGCACAUUCCAAAAACAAGGCCUAGACGCCAAAGACUUAGUCGUUCUCUCUGGUGGACACACUCUAGGGUUUGCGCAAUGCUUUACCUUCAAGGACCGGGCCCAUAACGACUCGAACAUCCACCCCAAAUUCGCAAAGAAGCUCCAAUCCCUCUGCCCCCGCACCAAAUCCGAAAGCGACUCAAACCUCGCUAAGUUGGACCCGACUUCGACGCGCUUCGACACGUUGUACUACAAGAACUUGUUGAAGCAGAAGGGUCUUCUUGGAUCAGAUCAAGCACUCUUCGGUGGUGGCAACACCGACGAGCUAGUGAGGACGUACAGCGAAGAUGCCAACACAUUUUGGAAAGAUUUCGCGAAAUCAAUGGUCAAGAUGGGGAAUAUAAAGCCGUUAACCGGAAAUAUUGGUCAGGUUCGCCAUAAUUGUAGAAGGGCGAAUUAAAGUGUGAGCAUCCACAUAUAUGAUCCUAGUGUUCAUGCUCUUUAAAGAGUGAGAUAAUUUUGUGUUGAGUGCUAUGAAAUUAUUUAUUUGUUCUAAAAAGCGUGUGUCGUGGCUUUAGCUUCUAGCAAUAUGAAGAAGCUAUUGACCUCAAUAGAAGCAACUUGUUUCAAUAGCAAAAUAUGCAUAUUCCUCUGUAAUUCCGAAAGUGGUGUAACCUAUUCAAUAAGUUAAGUGAAGUGCAAGAUGUAUGUAA